GCGACAGUGGGCGGUGGCAGCCCGCUUGCGGAAGGAGCCACCACCCGCCGGAUCGCGCAGCUAAGAGUGGACCCCCCGUGGGGAACGGGCGCCCCCUUGUGAUCAGUGGGGACGGCACGUCCUGUGGAAGGAAGCCAGGAGGCGGUCGGUCCCUGAGGCCCAGCCAUGCCCAGGGAAGGAAGGGUGGACAUGAGCGACCAGCUGAGCCCAGUCCCAGGCCGCUAGGAGCGGACUCCUCAGUAGUCCCUCCACGCUCCUCGCGACUCCCGAAUCUAAAGGAUGGAGCGAAGCCCCUCCAAGACCAGUGAGUCGGAGGAAGACUCUGGCGAAGACGAAGAGUCGGAGGAGGAGGAGGAGGAGGAAAGUGAUAAGGAGGAUGUUACCAUCUCUCCGGACCCCACACAGCAGGCGCGCUCCAGGGCCAACAGGGAGCUCGCCUUAUCCAUUGUGGCCACGAAAAUCCCCAAAACAGCCCGAGCCCCAGGUGCCUUAGAGGAAGGACAGGUUAGGAGAAGGAAGAGAAGGCGGAGACGCAGAGCCCUGGCCAUCAACCUGACCAACUGCAGAUAUGAGAGCGUGCGUCGCGCGGCCCAGAUGUGUGGCCUGCGGGAGGCGGGGGAGGACGAGGAGUGGAACGUGUACUGGACGGACUGCUCCGUGUCCCUGGAACGCGUGAUGGACAUGAAGCGGUUUCAGAAAAUCAACCACUUUCCCGGCAUGACGGAAAUCUGCCGCAAGGACCUGCUGGCCCGGAACCUGAAGCGCAUGCAGAAGAUCUACCCGCGGGAGUACAACAUCUUCCCGCGCACCUGGUGCCUCCCCGCCGACUACGGGGACUUCCACGCCUGCGGCCGUCAGCGGAAGACCCGGACGUUCAUCUGCAAGCCCGACAGCGGCUGUCAGGGCCGCGGCAUCUUCAUCACCCGGAACCCCCGGGAGAUCAAGAUCGGGGAGCAUAUGAUCUGCCAGCAGUACAUCUCCAAGCCCUUCCUCAUCGACGGGUUCAAGUUCGACAUGCGCAUCUACGUCCUGCUCACGUCCUGCGACCCCCUGCGCAUCUUCAUGUACGAGGAGGGCCUGGCCCGCUUCGCCACCAUGCCCUACAUGGAGCCCAACCACAGCAACCUGGAUGACGUCUGCAUGCACCUGACCAACUACGCCAUCAACAAGCACAAUGAGAACUUUGUCCAGGACGAUGCCGUGGGCAGUAAGAGGAAGCUGUCGACGCUCAACGCCUGGUUGCGAGAACACAGCUACGACCCCCGAGAGAUGUGGGGGGACAUCGAGGACAUCAUCAUCAAGACCAUCAUCUCGGCCCACUCCAUCCUCCGCCACAACUACCGCACCUGCUUCCCCCAGCAUCUCAAUGGAGGGACUUGUGCCUGUUUUGAGAUCCUUGGUUUUGACAUCUUACUGGACCACAAGCUGAAGCCCUGGCUGCUGGAGGUGAACCACUCUCCAAGCUUCACCACGGACUCGCGUCUCGACCGAGAAGUGAAGGACGCCCUCCUCUUAGAUGCCAUGAUCCUUGCCAACCUCCGGGGCUGUGACAAGAGGAAGGUGAUGGAGGAAGAGAAGCGGCGGGUCAAAGUGCGGCUGUUCCAGUGCCACCAAGAGAUACGGCGGGAGGCCAGGCGGGAGCAAACGGAGCUGUCCCAGGCAGCACUGCAAGACCAGGAGUGCUACGAGGACUCCCACCUGGGGGGGUACCGGCGGAUCUACCCGGGGCCCGACACAGAGAAGUAUGCCCCCUUCUUUAAGCACAGCGGCUCCCUCUUCCAGGAGACGGCCGCCUCCAAGGCCAGAGAGGAGUGCUCCAGGCAGCAACGGGAAGAGAUCCGCCUCAAGCAGAAGCAGCGGGAGGUCUUAGAGUCGAAGAAGCGAAGGGAAAACAAGGAGCUGAGCCAGGGGGAGUCGGCCGGGGAGAAGAGGCAGCCCAGGCCCAGGAUCCAGGGCCUCUCCACCCACUUGGCUUACAGGAACCGGAAACGGGAUCGAAAGCUGCUCCCAGGAGACCCGGACACCAUGCGGCCUCAAGCCAUUGUGGAGGAGGAGGAGCUGGAGCGGCUGAACGCCCUGCUGCGGAGGGAGAACCUCAUCCGGAGCCUGGGCAUUGUGGAGCAGAUCAGCACCAUCGUGCAGGCCAGCCAGCAGAGCCAGAAAAAGCUGCCCAACUACCGGCCUAGAUCGCACCAGGACGGGCUGAGCAGCCAAGAGCUGCCGUCUCUGAGCCUGUUCCCGCUGGUCCUCCUGAGAGGGGCCUACAAGGAGGAGGAUCCUCCUCGCUUCCUGCACGUCGUCCAGCCCGAGCUGAUCCCCAGGAUCCUAGGGCCACUGCCAGGCCACCCUGCCCUCCUGCCCCAGUCCGGGUGCUACCUCCAGCCCAGAACCUUCAACUGGACGAGGGACCCGGCCAACUACGGCCCCUGUUCGGUGUCGCUGAAGAAGUCUGGAAGGCGCUGCUUUCCCAUGUCCAGAUUCAGGCUUACUAACCAAGGCCAGGCCAGCAGAAGGCUAGAAGCCAUAAACAGAGCCAUGGCAGGAUCCGUGCCAUCCUCUUUAACCCCAACGCAGGGCUAUUUCCUGCAACGGGAAAGAGUGGUAAGUAACCCCUGGACUGAAUGCCCCUUGCCCUCUGUGAUCAAUUCUGAGCACAGAGCAGCCAAGGCCCAGGACCUCCCCCUCUGCCCUUCCUCGGCAUCCCUGACGCAGAGCGCCACUGCACUCCUGGACAUCGGCCAGCACAGGUAAACGCAGGACGGAAGCCCAGCGCCCCACCUCUGCUGGAGAACCCCCCUCGGGUGUCCUAAGGGGCAAAGGACCUUGAACCGUUGCUCUUUCACCAAAGAAUGCCACCGAGCUCGAGUCGGAAGAGCCUUGGUCAGGACCCCGGUCUGCAUAAGGCUCCAGACGUAGGAUGCCAAGAAUUCUUCAAUCCCCCAAGAUUAUUUUCGGAUCAGAAAAGACUAAAAAGUGAAGGAAGAGGUGCCA